CUGUUCGCAAACUGAUGAUGAAGCUUGAUGAAUUAGCCACUUGAGCUUACUGGAAGCAACAGCUUCCGAAAUGGCGGUGAUCGAAUCCUUUGAGAUCUUGCGAUUUCCAAUGUGGACGGUACACGGUACAGUGUGAGUGCGUGGCCCCAGCAAGUGCUGCAGUACCGCCACCAUUGCGUUAAAGCCCUGGCUACUGAGCCAACUGAAUUAAACGGUGUUGCUUCUGGCACCUUUGGCCUUGAGACAGAAGAAUUAAGAGUGCUCUCCCUGGAGGAAGGUGGAAUGAAGACCGUGGCCCACCGUCCUUAUGUAUCUGCUACGGAGACCGUAGGUAUCCAGUAUAAUUGAGUAAUUGAGUACUAAAGUAAGUAAUCGGCAACAGCAACGCGUACGAGAUACCACGAUAACACCGUACAGAUCGAGUUGCGUUCUCUUCAAUUCAGCACUUCUUCACUCUUCGCUGCAAGCAUUGCUACCGGUAUCUGGAGACUCCCGUAGUUCCUAUUACAUGUAUAAGAGCUGCGUAAGAGGCUCGAUUCGAUUCAACACCAAUCCCUCUAUCUUGCCAAACUUGCCAAAAGGAGAAGUAUAGGUCGACUUGCCUCACCAAAAUGAACCCAAGCUCCAACACUAUUGAAUAGCAGCAAAAGGCACCGUCAAUACCGCUACCACUACAAUAGAUUGAACUUGCUACCUACUACCUACUACUGCGUUGUUGGGUAGCAUCCCUUGUUCCCACCACCAUUAUCCUUGAGUUAGACCAACGAUUGUCAAGAUAACGAACGCAUCAGCAGCAACAAAAGCAAGAUGUACUACCUGUACAAGAAGAAACCCGGCGAUGACCGCAGCGAUAGCCUGUCGACCAACGCGGCUCCAGUGACUCUGCAGUCCAACUCGAACCUGGGAGGCCAUUAUCCCUCUUCCAGGAGUCGCAACAGCAACCACCCCCACCAGCGACCACAUCCCAUCGCCGAAGAAGGGAAUAGCUCUGGUAGCUUUGACGUCCCGGAAGGUCCCUUGGAUUCCUCGGCUCAGCAACCCUUCAGCGGUCGAAGGCGUCGACCGGGAGCCGAAGUGGAAGAUUCCGAGAGCAAACAGAAAGAUGAACAGAUCGUCAGGCGGAUGCUGAGACGAAGAGGUCUCGAGGAACACGACUUUGCAGCAGAAGUCAUGCAACCGAGAAGACCCUCUAGAAUCAGUUGUCAAAGGUGUCAGCAUGACAUUGCCUACAAUCAUCAUCGAAUUAGCUGCAGCAGUGACCAAGAUAAGCACGUGUUCUGCAGAUCAUGUGUGGUACUCUACGUAGACGCUUGGGUCAAAGGGGAAGCAGAGUAUGAGCUUCGACAUGGAGGUCGCCAUCAGUACGCUUUACCCUGUAUGUCACCUGCUUGUCAAGUGGGAUGUCUUUCGGAGGCUGCCAUGCAACCCAUGUUGACCCAUCCCAUCUUUACCAGUUGUCGUCAGAAACUCGUCAGAGCCAGGGCAGAACGCUCACAGAGAGGAGGAUCCGCUCAACCGAGAAGGAUCCAAACCGAUAUGGAGCAGGAUGGACAACCCUCAUCGCAGAGACAGCCACACCAGCAGCAGUUGUAUUCUGGCCUAUCCCAACAACCCAUUCACGGGGAGGCCCCCGCAGCAGAUGACGACUUUCCUACCCAACGGUUGCUACGGAGACAGCCACCGGAUUACGCGCAGUACCAAAUGCAGUAUCAGCAACAGCAGACACGUGCCGCUCCUCCACCACAACCCUCGCAAAAGCAGUUGCAGGAACAGGAGGACUUGCGUCAGAAGGAGGAAAUCAAACGACAACAGCAACGUAUGCUUCAUGCCAUGUACCACCAACAAGGAUCGUCGGCGUCACAAGCAGGUUCAGCCGCGCCCUUGCCUCCCACCAUCCUAAGGCGGACAUCCACGUCCAGUACCGCCACAUCCAGGAGGACGGGGACGGGACAACGGGUGAGGUUCUCACUAAAGUCGACCGAUCAAAUCGCUCUACCCGACGACGACUCGUCUGGGUCGUCGGCGUCAUCAUUGACCACAAGGUUCCCCACUUCUGUUACAUCGGAAGCUCGAGAAACUGAGAAGGAAGAAAGCCAACGACGGCAUCAGCGUCGUCAACUGGCACAGCAUCCUCCACAACAAGAACAGCAAAUGCAGGCAGCGCGACCAAAGCCUGCAAAUUUUAAUACCGCUCUGACUACCUGUAUGUGCUGUUACGAAGAGUUCUCCCCCAAGGUUAGCCCUGUCAUUCGCUGUGAUCCUCGUCGACCCAACGAGGCGUCGCACCACUUUUGUGGAAAGUGUGUUCGAAUGUACGUGGAAGAGUGGAUCUUUGGGGCCGCCACUUACACGCCGCGCCCGGGACGACCCGAUGAACAAGGUCAGACAGACCUGAUCUUGCCCUGCUUGCAUGGCGACUGUAACGAAGGCGGCUUUCGAGACGAUCAAGUGUCCCAGUCACUCACCUCAAGGUCCAUGGAACAAUAUCUUUCCAAGAUUACGCCCAUGAGAAUUCAAAAGCAAGACGACGAAGAACGGCUCAUGGAAAUGGCCAUUCGGUUGUCGUUGGAACAAGACGCUAUUCAGAGGCGUGUCUCGCAGCUGCAUCAAGAACAGAGGAGUGUCACGAAGGAACAAGGACAUAACAUGAACGUACUGAUGGCGCCAGCACCACCACCGACGAGAGGGAGAAUCAACCCACCUUCUAUGCUGAACAUCCCUCAGACGACCCUGUCGAACACUUCGUCUCUGACGUCGUUCAACACGGCGUUCCCUCAGAGUUCGAGGUCUCUCCCUGACUUGCCAAGAGGAACAAUGAACAUGAGCAAGUUGACAGGCAAGGGCGAUGUUGGCAGAUUGGUAGUACCUGCAGCCAAGAAGCCUUCAGCGGCGGUGAACGAUCAUGAAUCAAUUAUUGAACAGAGCGUUCAUUCUGUGGAAGAAGCCAUGACUCAAGCCAAGGUUCGCACUUGCCCCAACUGCAACACCAAGUUCUUGAAGGACGAAGACUUUUGUAACAAGCUCAAGUGCCCAUCCUGCAAGACCGCCAUCUGCUACAUCUGUCGUCAGGUAAUCCCCACCCAGGGCUACGAGCACUUUUGUAUUCACAAGCAAGGGGGAUGCGCGGCUUGCCUGGGUAUGCACUGUCCGUUGUGGACGCAAGUAGACGAUGACAAUCGUCGGGAUAUGGCUGAGAUGAGAACAAGAGGGUUGGAUGAAGCCAAUCGUAUAUGGGAGGAGUCUCUGCUAUCAGAAUACAGCAAAGGGACAGAGAUUCGAGUGGACGUAGACCAACUGCUGCAGCAACCGCCAAAUCCAAACAAUCGAUAGGUUGAACUGCACCAUAAAACAUAGAUAUUGUUCUACUACCAUUCACAGGAUGAAGUUGUUUUUAUCAAAUGCAGCAAAAAGUGAGAGUGAUAUUAUGAUUUUUGUUGGGGGUACUGGUAGGUAGAUGCAGGCACAAGAUGUGAAAUCAAGAAGCGUUCGCUUCUGGGGCUGCAACCUUAGGCUGCGCUAGCUACGCUGUAGAAUCCCAUAUUACAAAGCAGAUUUAAGGAUCCUACUUCCAUGUAUCAGAACGCUUCUUGACCUGCAACCUCAGGCCGUGCUAGAAUCACGAAAUCACAAAAAGCUGACUUGAGAUCACACUUCCAUG